GCAGUGGGACGACGAGAGCAAAGAGAGGAGUGAACAAGGGGAGCGAGAUAGAUUGGUGGGUUUUUAAAAAGACUGCUUAAAUUUGUUCAUAUCACGUUUCUUCUUUGUUUUGCUUCAAUCCAGGGGAAACGCGUUACAGGUCACGCGUUAGAAAGCGAGCUCAUAAAAUAGGACAGAUGCAUUUGGCGUAGCGUGGGGCUGAAACGCCCAAAUAUAGAGCAGCAAACGUUUGGAAUUACAAUCACUUCCUACCGCUUGGAAAAUCUGAAACUGGCCAUAGAGAAGCCCGUUUCGAUAGGCCACGACCUCACAUCGGGACUUUAACGAAACCAAAAACAAAGUGUGUAUGGAGCAGUGUGAGAAUGCAGCAUCUCUCCUGGCCUCCGUGCGAGAGCAGGAGAUGCAGUUUGAGCGACUGACUCGAGCUCUGGAGGAGGAGAGGAGGAGUGUGGGGCCCUCCGGUACCCUACCCCGCCCCCUCCCCACUCUGCAGAACGGCCGUGUCACUGGUGAUGCAGAGUUAGAACGUCUCAAAUUAAACGAGGGAUACAUAAACGGGACUCAGUACAGGAUGUUGGACCCUGGUCAUAUUGUUGAGUCGAUCACAGUCGAGGACCCCCAUGAAGCGAUGCCUAUUAUUUCAGUUGAAACUAAUGAGGAUGGAUCCACACGUCGCACUGAGACCACGGUAAAGAAGGUCACAAAGACAACCACCACACGAACAGUCAUUCCCUCAGUUUCCGACACACUUUCCCUGGAUGGCACUGGUUCAGUCACUGGGAUACCCGGUUAUAAUACCCCAAUGGACCGUGUGUACAGGCCACCGGCUGGCCCCAUGGACUACCCCACCUCUACUGUCCCCCGUAACUACCACUAUGGACCUCCAGGUGGCUAUGAUGAUUACCGGAGCGGCCCUCCUUCUGAAGCCUACACCAGCCUCAGCCGAGGGACGCGGAUGGAUGACCGCUACAGACCUGUGGAUGGCUACCGGACGCUGGACUCCGCCUACCGCACACACAGCCGGCCGCAGUUGGACCCGUAUGCGGCCCAGCCCCAGGUAGGACGUAUGGGCAGUGCUUUAGAGAUCUCUGGCAUGCAGCGCUUUGUCCCAGACCCCUACGGCCUAGAGGAUGAUCAGAGGAGCCUGGGAUAUGAUGAACCCGAUUACGGCAUGGGGCCAGCCAUGCAUUACAGCACAAUGCCCCGGCUGGCACAUCCACUCCAUGCGCCACCUCCACGCCGGACAGGGUCAUAUGAGGGCACACUGGAUGGUGAUAUGAGUGGAGCUGGUGAUAUGUAUUAUUGGGGAGGAGGAGCUCCACUGGCUCAGGGAGAGAGGGGCAGCAUGGCAUCAUUGGACAGCACUCUUCGUAAAGGCCCCGCCCCCACAGCAUGGAGGCAACCUGAACUUCCUGAAGUCAUCGCUAUGCUCAACUACCGCCUGGACCCUGUCAAAAGCAAUGCUGCAGCUUACUUGCAACAUCUCACUUUUAAGAAUGAUAAGGUGAAGUCAGAUGUGAGACGAAUGAAGGGGAUCCCUGCCCUUGUGUCCAUGCUGGAUAACCCAAAGAAGGAGGUCCAUUACGCAGCAUGCGGAGCUCUCAAGAACAUCUCAUACGGACGAGAUCCAGAUAACAAGAUAGCCAUCAAGAACUGUGAUGGAAUUCCCGCACUGGUGCGGCUACUGAGGAAGACGAGAGAUCAGGACCUUACCGACACUAUUACAGGCACGCUGUGGAACCUGUCGUCUCAUGACUCUGUAAAGAUGGAGAUCGUGGACCACGCGCUGCACGCCUUGUCCGAUGAGGUGAUGGUUCCCCACUCGGGCUGGGAGAGGGGGCACGAAGGUGGAGAGGAGAGCUGCAAACCCAGACACCUGGAGUGGGAGACUGCGCUCACCAACACCACCGGCUGCUUAAGGAAUGUGAGCUCGGAGCGGAGCGAGGCCAGGAGGAAGCUGAGGGAGUGCUCUGGACUGGUCGACUCUCUCAUGUACAUCGUCCAGUCACAGAUCAACUGUAAAGAUGUGGACAACAAGCUGAUUGAGAACAGUGUGUGUCUGCUGAGGAAUCUGUCCUAUCAAGUGCAUCGGGAGAUACCAGGCUCGGAGCGCUAUCAGGAGAUGACUCCUGUCAAUCAUGGCCCCGCCUCUUCCCAAAAGGGCGGCUGCUUCAGCUCCCGAAAGGGCAAAGACGAGUGGUUUUCCAAAGGAAAAAAAGAGGAUGAUGGAACUUCAGAUAUGAUUGACAUUCCAAAGAGAACCUCACCAGCCAAAGGUUAUGAAUUGCUGUUCCAGCCAGAGGUGGUGCGCGUGUACACUUCUCUUCUGAAAGAGAGUAAGAACCCCUCGGUUCUGGAAGCCGCCGCGGGAGCCGUGCAGAACCUGUGUGCAGGCCGUUGGACCUAUGGGCGAUACAUUAGAGCAACGAUGAGACAGGAACAUGGCCUGCCGAUGAUGACGGAGCUGUUGUCUCAUGGGAACGACCGUGUGGUCCGAGCCAUGUCUGGAGCUCUGAGAAACCUGGCCAUCGACGCUCGCAACCGUGAGCUUCUAGGGAAGCAUUCAGUGCCUAACUUGGUGGCCAAUCUGCCAGGCAGUGGUCAGAGUCAGCCUGUGCGCGGGCUCUCGGAGGAGACGGUGGUGUCUGUUCUCAGCACGAUGACGGAAGUGAUCGGCUCCAGCGUGGAUGCGGCCAAAUCCCUGCGCAGCUCCCAGGGUAUCGAGAGACUGGUGCUCAUCAACAAAGACGGCAACCGUUCUGAUCGAGAGGUACGUGGCGCGGGGCAGGUCCUGCAGAUCGUGUGGAGCUUCAAAGAGCUCCGCCGCACACUGGAGAAGGAUGGCUGGAAGAAAACCGACUUCAUGGUCAACCUCAACCCUCCUAACAACAACACUCGUAGCAACGGGGGAUAUGAGGACAGCACCCUGCCACUAAUAGACAGGGGAGGCAAACAGGACAGAGACAUGAUUCCACUUAAUGAUAUGGGACCAGACGCUUAUUCUACGAUAGACCAGAGAGGACGAAGAAACACUUUAGACGACACUCUGGAUCGCUCUGACAGAGACGCACCUCAGGGAGGAAUGUAUGGGGAGAGACGGGGCUCUUUGCCUCUGUUGGACUCUUAUGAUGGUUAGGCUACUCCCCUCCCCCCACUCAGUGCAUGAGCACGCAUGAAAAACUGAUAGUGUGCAUCACCCGCCGUGAGUUUCCUCCUCCUGCCUACUGUCCCUGCUGAGCCUCUGAUCUCAUCACUUACGGGACCAUUGCCACUAAUUGCAAAGACCCUUCUGUAGUUUUCAACAUUCUCUAGUUGUCGCUCCUACUCUUAUUGAGAUCAAUGUGAUUGAGAACAGCCACUACUUAAAAUGGACACUACACAAUGAAUUCCUCUCUUGAUUUUUGGUCCAUACCACUUUUUUUUUUUUGUCAAAUAAUGGAAACAUUUGGGACUAAAAUGUCUGUUUAGUCACAUGCCCAGCUUAUCAAGCUUUAUAAACCAUUUCUUUUUUUUUUAUUGCUUAUACGUCUAUUGGAACACUAGUAUAGUAUGGCAGUGGUAUUUUGAUUAUUUUGCUUCAUCCUGCUUUAGUGGUUUACAUUGAUAAAAAGGUAAUGCCAAAUUGCAUAAGUCAUAUGUGGCCUGCAGAAAAUAAUGUAUAUAGAAUAUCUCUUAAGUUGUGCGUCUCGACGCAUCAUGACGGACAUGAGGGUUUUCUUUUUGGUCAUUGUUUUCUAAAAGCACUAAAUGACCACCAGUUCCCCUUAAGUUAUCCAUCUGUGGUUUUUGUAGAUGGUCUGAUUGAGAGUUCAGUCUCUAGGAAGAGGUUGUUGUGAAAGCGUUGAAGCAUUACAAAAGAGGCAGAGGGAUUUUUGUUUUGUGAGAUUUAUUUUAUUUUAUUUUUUUAAACCAGUAGCAUUCAAGAACGAUCUCUAGUGGUAGAUGAGGACAGUUGUGCUCUAUGGGACCCUCCUUGCAUUGUGACAAAUUUGCAAAGCGUUUGAAAUUGUCACAAACAAUUAGUUUCUGUGUGGAAACUAAAGAGUUCCUCCCCCUUAGUUAUUUUAAUAAACACAAUUAAAAAGCAACAGAAGAACUCUUGGAGACAAAUUGUAGUCUUGGUCUUAGAUUGGUGCUCCCACUUUUCAAUAUUGUUGUGAAUCGGCCUUGCUGGUGGACAGUUUGUGGUUGUUCACUUUUUUGUCUGAAUAUAAAUGAAUGUGUAAAUAUGACUGCAUCUCACAAAUCCACUCUGCAUACUUGGAGUGCCUCGCUUGCUCAUUGCGUUGUGUGUUUGUGAUAAGCGGUGAACAGGGACGUUCGGCCACCCGUCUGCCUCUUGGUUUCAGUGCCUGUCUGUGUAGAGAGGAAACGAGUGUACAUUUGAGGAUGUGUAUCCAUUGUUUUUUUGUUCUCUACAAUCCAUAAAUACAGUGCUUGUUUCUUAGACUGCAUAUUCAAAUGCUCAGUAAGUCUGUUGUAGAUAUUUACUGAAUAUAAACUGAAAUAGCACUAGGGGUCAGUGGAUUUUUUUUUUUUUUUUUUUUUUUAAGAAUUCAUUUUUUCCCCAAUGCCUUUUUUAAUCUCCUGUUUGCCAAUUGUAAAACAAUUUUUCAAGACACUACAGUCAGUAAAGAGUCCGAAGACAAGAAGUCAGUACUGAUAGAGAGGGCUGUUCACAACAAUGAGGAAUUAAUCGAUUGUUCAGUGUUGAGGGAGGCAGAUAAAUGAGCUUUUUAAUCACAAAAAUUGUCUCUUUCAGGCAGGAUUUAGCAAGAGCUCAGAUUUUGAUUCUAGCUUGAUGAGAAAAUAAGAUAAAAUAAAAGCACAUUUAACUAUAUUUACCAGAGAAUAUUUGUUAAUUUUAAUUAUUUUUUUUUCUCCUUUGGUUUUUGUCCUGUUGCUCUUUUCUUUUUCUGUAUUUUAUGAUUGGGGCUGAUUUUGUUUUUCUGGGGUGUUGUGGGUGAAUGCAUAUGCAAUCAUUUUUAUUUUUUAAAUAAAUGCAUUUACAGUUUAUAUCUUUUAAUUAAAGACGAAAGGAAAAAAA